CUCCAGUGUCUUUCUUUCUCUCUCAGUUGCUAUGCUGUCAUGACUCAUGAGCAUACCUUCCUCCACAGUCCACUGCGCCGCCCCGAUAUUCUGUUAGCGUUGGUAUGAGCGGUUGGAAGUGAAUAUUUGAAUAUUGAAACUCGGAGGAGACGCGAAUAGCGACGAGACAUGGAAGCAAUAACUACGCCUCAAUUCUCUGCUCUAACAACCGGUUCCAAGAGUAUUGGGAGGAGUGAGAAUAUAGCAAUGGUGGCUUUGAAUUUUAAUCGGAGAGGCAGGAAAGACUGUGUUAUAACAAUUUCUCGCAAGCCAAACAUACAGAGUCGCAGCUUCCAUUUGGGACUUCCACACUCUUGUAAUCAUUCACAAGCUCCACUGCUGGAAUCUGGAGAUUGUUACACUUCUUUUGAUGAGGACUGGUUGUUAAAGAACAAAGCACAAGAGGUCGCUUCGUGCUUAAAUGGCCGCUCUAUAUUUCUUGUUGGAAUGAUGGGCUCUGGAAAAACGACAGUGGGCCGGAUUUUGUCAGAAGCAUUAGGUUAUUGUUUUGUUGACAGUGACAGAUAUGUCGAACAGGCAAUGGGAACUUCCGUGACUCAAAUCUUUGAACUGCGUGGUGAGAGUUUCUUCAGAGAUCAUGAGAGUGAGGCAUUGCAGAAAUUGUCUUUUGCACCAAGGAAAGUUGUUGCCACAGGAGGUGGUGCAGUGGUUCGACCUGUCAACUGGAAAUAUAUGAGGCAGGGGAUCACUGUCUUUUUAGACGUACCUCUUGAUGCCUUGGCGAGGAGAAUCGCUGCAGUGGGAACUGAUUCUCGCCCUCUUUUGCAUUUCGAAUCAGGAGAUGCUUACACCAAGGCUUUUGUGGGACUGUUUACUCUAACGAAAAAGCGAUCUGAGGCAUAUGCCAAUGCUGAUGCUACGGUUUCCCUUCUACAUCUUGCAACCAACCUGCGUCUUGAAGAUGUGUCUGAUAUCACACCAACUGUCAUAGCAAUUGAGGUACUGGCUCAAAUUGAGAAAUUUCUACGGGGUAACAAUGGGACAGCUCUUUUGGUAGGGAUGUUGCAGUAAGAGAGAAAAAAAAAAAUUAUUAUUUUUCAGUUUAUAAAGGUGUCAUUCCAUAUACUCCCCCCCAUAAGAUACAAAAUUUACAAAUCGGUUCUUUCGGUAGGGCUGUCUUAUCCAAUGUACAAAUGAAAUAAAGGUUUUGUAUUAAAAAGUUUCUUUCAAUUUCCCUGAA